CAUUCAAACGCUGAAUGCCUUUGAAUAAAACUUAUAAAGACAAAGUCCGGAUUUUCUCUUGUUAUGAGUUAACUUCUACCCACUUUGAUAAGAAAAUUCCACAACAAGACAAUUAAAAUGUUUACCUGGAAGAGUUGCAGAACAACCUGUUUGACUGGAAACACGUCACUAAGAGGAGAAGGAAAGUCUUUACUAACAUAGCUGAUCUGAGCUGAGACACCAUUGCAGUGUGGGACAUCUGAGCUGAAACACGGAUGUUUGCCGGAAUUUGAAGGAAAGGGCUGAAGUAACUUUGACUUGGUGAGUUCUGGCACUGAAAGACUUCUGUAGAAAAUGGCAGAAAACACUGCUGUACUUGAACAUUACCUGAGCUGCCAUGUGUGUUCAGAGACUUUCAGAGAUCCUGUGUCUCUGAGCUGCAACCACAGCUUCUGUUCAAGCUGCCUGCAGAAAUUCUGGGAACAAACUAAAAACAAGAACUGUCCCAUCUGUAAAAGAAGAUCUUCUAAGGUUUUACCAGUUGUUAAUUUCACACUGAAGGAACUGGCUGAUUCUUUUGCUGGAAGACAGAAAUGUGGAUCAUCUGAGACAGAAAAAGGAGAAAAGCAGCAGAUGGUGGUCUGCAGUAAACACCAAGAAGACCCUAAACUGUUCUGUGAAGAGGAGCAGAGAGCUGUGUGUCCUAUUUGUGAGUUUUCUCUCCACCAGAGUCACAAAGUGGUUCCUAUAGAACAAGCAGUCAGUGAGCUGAAGGAGCAGCUGAAAUCUGACUUAAAGUCUCUGCAGGACAAGAGGAACAAACACAAACAGGUGGAGAAAACAUACAAUGAUGUGAUUCAACACUCCAAGAAGCAGGUGUUGUCCACAGACAGACAGAUCAGAGCAGAGUUCAACAAGCUCCACCAGUUCCUGAAAGAGGAAGAGGAGUCCAGACUGGCAGCUCUGAGGGAGGAAGAGAAGCAGAAGGGGGAGACUAUCAUCAGAGAGAUGAAGAGGAUUCAGGAGCAGAUCUCCUCUCUGUCAGACAGUAUCUCUACUGUUGAAGAAGACCUGCAGAAAGACAACGUGUCGUUCCUCAGCAGUUAUAAAGCCACUCAGAGCAGAACCAGAGCCCAGAACUCACUGUCAGAUCCACAGCUGGUCUCAGGAGCUCUGAUAGAUGUGGCCAAACACCUGGGCAACCUGUCCUUCAGAGUCUGGGAGAAGAUGAAGGAGAAGGUCCACUUCAGUCCUAUCAUUCUGGACCCAAACACUGCUAGUGGAUGGCUCUAUCUGUCUGAUGAUCUGACCAGUGUGAAAUGCGGAGACACAAAGCAGCAGCUUCCUGAUAAUCCAGAGAGAAACACUAAAUACUCUGUUUUUGGUUCUGAGGGCUUCAGCUCAGGGAAACACAGCUGGGAGGUGGAGGUUGGAGAUCAUCCUGUCUGGAACAUGGGCUUGGUUAAAGAGUCUGUUGACAGGAAGGGAGAGAGAUGUGUUUCCCCAAAAUAUGGAAUCUGGUGUUUACUGUAUAGUAAAGGAAAAUACACUAAUGGUGCUGGUAAGAUUAUCACAGUGAAGAAGACUCUUCAGAGGGUCAGAGUCCAGUUGGACUAUAACAAGGGGGAGGUGACCUUCUAUGACUCUGAAGACAUGAGUCUCAUCUACACUCACAGAGACACUUUCACUGAGAAACUCUUCCCUUAUUUUAGUGUUGGAAAAGCUGCUGAUGCCAAAAUCCCCAAUAUUAAAAUCUGUCAGACUGAGAUUCCUUUUUAAAGCUCUAGUUGUGUUUUUAAUUUCUCUGAAUUAUUUUGAUAUUUUUAGAUCAGUGUUUCUAUUUGCAGUCAGGCCAACACACUUUUUAAAUCCUUAAUGGACAUCAAUUUUCAAGGUUUUUAAACUUUUAUUUGAAAUUAACAAAAGAAAUGGAUCACUGAAAAAUUAAUUGAAAAUCAACACAUCUUCAUAACAUUUAAAAAGUCUGUUGUUACUUCUGUGAAACCAGUGUAAAAAGAUUCCUUAAUGAAUGUUUUGACUUUAGUGAUUUCUUUAUUUUUAUUAACAUGCAAAAAAUUGUUAUGGUAAUGUUUUUCAAACCAGAUCAAAUAUUAUAUUAUCAUCAUCAAUCUUUAUCCAAUAAUCUCUCACCAUCAUUGGACAUUUCUUCACAUUCUAAUUAAUUUGAACAAGGAUGAUUAUUUUUAGUUUGUUUCUAACUCUGUUUUAUAAAAACUGUGAACAGAAGUUCAGAAAGGACACAAAGAGCUUAGAUUCUUAACUGGGUUUUCUUGUCAGUCUUGUUUUUUAUUGUUGUAAUGAUUCACUUUAGCAGGAAACCUCUGAAAAUAAAUAUUCAGGUCCAGUUAUCUCUCUGACUGAUUCUGCUCACUGAUAUGAUGAUUUGUUUUCUAUUCCUCAAUGUAAAACUUAUUUCCUUAAUAUUCAACCUGCUGCUGAAAAUGAUCUUUAUUGGUUGUUUAUUAAAGUUUCUUUAUUUUUUCUACA